UUUUAAAACAGUCGCUCACUUUUGCCGCUAUCUGCGAAUCCACUUGGAUCCAGUUUGAUAAGAUAGUUCAGUGUCGGGAAACACACCUCGCACACCUGCGCAUUGAGCCGCCAUGAAGUGUCUCGUUCUCGUCAGCCUCGUGCUUAUUAUAGCAGAGUUCUCUGCUCUUGCCUGUGACUGUUCAGGAUGCCCCACAGGGGGCGUGUGUGUAGGUCCCAGUGGGACGUCGCAUAAGUUCUGCGUCUGCGUGGACGAUAAGAUCCUUGAAGGCAGAGCUGUUGCAGAGCACAUUGCAAAGCACCUUGGCCACAAGAAGGGCCACAAGUCCAAGCACCAUCCACGAAUGCCAGUCCAAGUCCGCAGGAAGAAGGUUAAGACCGCGAAGCUCCACAGGAAGAAGGUCAAGCCGUCCAGGCUCCACAGGAAGAAGGGAGCCAAGAAAGUAUAAACCACGUGACAUGGCUUAUCUCCAGUAAACUGAAGUGUCAAUGAAA